CGAUGUUUCAUUAAUCGCCAUGUAUUCCUCAUCGAAUUCUUUUCUUAACCCCAAUGCCGCCCGCCCUGGCCAACAGCAAUAUGGCCAGCCGCAACAGCAGUAUACCGGCUUUCAACAACAGCAGCAGCAAACCGGCUUUAUGCCCCAACCGACGGGAUUCGCUGGCGGGCAGAUGCAGCCGAUGCAGCCCCAGCCCACUGGAUUUCCUAGAGGGCCAUUUCAGCAGUCGUCCUUCCAGGCCCAGCCUCCGCAGAUGACAGGCUAUCCUCCGCAGAAUCAACCUUUCCAACCACAGCAACAACAGUCACAAACAACGCAACAGCAGUCCACACCGGCGCCUCCAUUGCCUGCCCGUCUUCCCGGCCAGACAUCUUCACAGAUCGCAAACUCCUUCCAGACCAUAUCCAGCCCAACAACGGGCGUCAACCCUCACCAUGCGCCUUCAAAGAUCCCGACUCAGCGACUUUCUUUCAUUACAGCUCAGGAUCAAGCUAAGUUUGAGCAGCUUUUUAAGUCGGCAGUUGGGGAUUCUCAAUCAAUGGACGGAGAAACAGCCAGGGACCUCCUCUUGCGCUCCAAGUUGCCUGGAAGCGAGCUAUCAAAGAUCUGGGUUCUAUCCGACACCACAAAAUCGGGCCAUCUUCUUUUCCCAGAAUUUGCAUUGGCUAUGUACCUGUGCAAUUUGCGGUUGACUGGCCGUGAACUUCCCCCUUCCCUUCCGGACCGAGUUAAGAAUGAGGUUUCUAGCAUGGUCGAUAUCAUUUCCUUCGCUGUCCCGGACGACAAUCCGCCCGUCGCCCCGAAAACAAAUGUUCCUAAUUUUGAUCAACCCUUGAUGCAAAAUACGUCCGCACCACCAGCCCCCCAACAGCCGCAGCCGCAGCAGCCUUCGAAUUCACAGCUUCUGUCCCAGCUAACAGCUCAACCCACGGGCUUCUAUAACCAGGCAACCGGGUUUCAGCCGCCCUCAAUUGUGGCCCCGCAACCCACGGGGUUUCCUGGACAAAAUGCUUCUCUUAGACCACAGGCAACUGGGCUCCAGCCUAAUCCUCAGGCGACUGGGUACACCGGUCCACGGCCCCCCAUGCCACCAAUGCCCGCAGGAUUUGGAUCCAGUUUGUCGCCCUCGCAGACCGGCGCUCCUCCCUUAGCCGCGCAACCGACAGGGAUACCGGGUCAAUGGGGCUUUGUCAAUGCACCAGCCACCGGUUUACCAAAUAUUGAAGCAUUGAAGCAGAGGUUGAUGCCUCAACCUGGCAGGGAAGGAGGAUAUACUACUGCGGGCCUUGCCGGUAACGCCACUAUUCCGUGGGCUGUCACAAAAGAUGAAAAGAAGAUUUAUGACCAGUUAUUCCGGGCGUGGGAUGGGCUUAGUAAGGGCUUCAUUGGCGGAGAUGUGGCCAUCGAAAUCAUGGGACAGAGUGGCCUAGACCGUCAAGACCUUGAGCGUAUAUGGACACUCUCCGAUCCCCAUAAUAGAGGUCGUCUGAAUAUGGACGAGUUUGCCGUCGCUAUGCAUUUGAUUUACAGAAAGCUAAAUGGAUACCCCAUUCCCAAUCGCCUACCUCCUGAGUUAAUUCCUCCGUCGACACGCAACCUUGACGAUUCAAUUGGCGCUGUAAAGUCUAUGCUGUCUCAGGAUGCGGAGCAGCGCAAGGUUUCAGGUGCAUUCCUUCAACCACAGAAAACCGGCGUCAGUUACCUUAAGACCCACUCUUUUCGCACCGGGUCCGCGUCCCCAGGAUUUGGGAGAAAGGAUGCAACUGUUUUUAAGAAUAAUGACGAUGAUGUAGUAGCAUACAAGUCAAGUGCACGUCGCCGAGCUGGGGGUACUCCAUCUCCUUCGCCCUCGUCUACUCCCGCGGAAAAGGUUGACAAUGAUCUGUCUGUCGAGCAACUAAAGAAGAAGAUCCGUGAGACACAGAUCAUGCUAGAUGCAACGGAUUUUAGAGACGAAAACCGCGCGGAAGAGGACGAGGUGCUCAAUAGACGUGAUAGAAAGGAAGCAGAAUCCCUCAUGGAACGCAUUAGACGUGUUCAGGAUGACAUCGACACGGAUCCGAAGGCUGCCUUCCGGAAUGCUGACUCAGGUGCAGAACGACGUGCUUUGAGGCGCCAACUCCAAGCAUUCCAGGAUCAAUUACCAGAAUUGGCGUCCAAUGUUCGGAAACUGGAGCGCUCAAUCGCCGACAGCAAGUUAGAGCUUUUCCGGUUGAAAGAUGCAAAAUUGCACCCAGGUGCAGCCAUGGAGAUCAUUGGCACAGGUCCCGGUGGCGCGGUUACAGAAGCAGAUCGCAUUAAAGCUCGCGCACGCGCAAGAAUGCAGGCUAGAGCCGCCGAGCUCGCGGGUCGACCAGCCCCACAGGCCGACGACGGAUCUGCCGCGCGACGACUCGAAGAAGAAAAGGCGACCGUUGCAGCUGAACGGGAGCGGCACGAUGCUAUGACUCGAGACGUCGAAGAAAGCGUGAAGGAGUUCUCCCAGAGCCUUGAGGAUAGCCUAAGAGAUCAGGAUGAGAACUCCACGCGCGAUCAUGAAAGGCGACGCUGGGAAGAAGCGCUUGGCGUUGAAGAUCAGAUUAGAGACUUCAUCUUUGACCUUCAGCGGAAUCGUAGAACAGCCAAGGUUCGCAAAGAAGAGGAACGCGCAAUGAGGGCCGAUAAUUCUUCUUAUUUGCAGCCUCAAGCUCGUAAUCGAAGUCCGGUGAAUGACGAUGGCCGGAGAGGAACAUCUCCCCUUCGAUCCGCGUCGGCAUCACCUUCAUUCGCAGGCUUGUCUCAUGAAGAGCGGGUUGCAUCUGCACGAGAGCGUGCACAGAAGCGCAUUGCCGAACGGAUGGCUGCUGCGGGUUUGAGACCUAGUUCUGAUGCUAGUGAAUCAUUCCCGGAGCGCCAGGAACGAGAAAAGCGGGAAAAGGAAGAGCGACGCCGACGUGCCGAAGAAGAAGAUGCGAAACGUGAAGCGGAGAGACAGAAGCGACUGGCUCAGGAAAAGUCCCCGGUGACAUCACCUCCGCCCAAGCCCUCAUCUAAGAAACCGCCACCACCUCCGUCGCGAAAGGUCAGAACUGAUGUCACUGAAAGCGUCGAAGCUAAGAAAGCGGAGGAUUCUGUUGUUGCCAGCAGGGCGAGAGCAGAGCAAGAGGAGAAAGAAAGAGUUCUUAAACAGGAACAGGAAGCCCAGGAGGCAGAGCGUAAACAACUCGAGGACGAAGCUAAGCGGCAGGAAGAAGAGCUUGCACGUGAGAAAGAGGCCGCUCAAGCUCGACUUCGAGCUCUGGAGGAACAAGUCCGACAGGGCAAGAUCAAAAAGCAAGAGGAGAAACGCCGUAAGCAGCAGGCCGAGAAGGAAGCUAAAGAAAAAGAGGCUCGGCUUGCGGCGCAACGUGCAGAACUUGAAGCCGCCCAGGCUAGAGAACGAGAACUCCAACGCCAGCUCGAGAACAUGGGCGAAGAAGAAUCUUCGUCAGAUGACGAGGGCCCAAUUGAAAUUACCCCUCAGACCAGCACCCCUACUCAGAGCCAGGUUUUGCCAGCGCCAUUCCCCCAGCCAUCGCCCCCGGCCGCUGCCCUCCCAGUUCCGGCGAUACAGGAACCUGACCAAGAUGUGGCACGAGAACCGUCGCCUACACUUCCCAGCCCCGUGGAGACCCCCGAACCGGUGAAGCAAACGUUACCACCAGAGACCGAGUCUAGGAAUCCCUAUUUCCGUCAACUUAGUCAACAGAGUGCACCUUCUGCAGCCCAACCCACUCAUGAAAUGCAAUCGACUAACCCCUUCCAUCGCCUAGCGCAGCAGGAAAGCACCUCCAAGUCUGCUUUCACAACAGAUGCAACAGUGCCCGGACCACUUGAACGUAAAUCCCGCGUCCGCCCCGAAGAAGAUGACUGGUCUGCUGCAGAAUCAGAAAAUGAAUCAGAUGAAGAUGACGAUCGCGUUGCGGGUGGUAGUGCUAAGCAACUGGCAAGCAUCCUCUUUGGAACGAUGGCUCCUCCGCGACCGUUAAGCGCUAUGGACGAGAAGACGGAGUCCAAAGCACAAUCACCGGUGCAAAACGCCGUAGUAACACCUCCACCUCCGCCGCCGGCACCAGAAGCCGACCAUUCUCCUGAAAUUGAAGCUGAACGCGAAAUCGCUGAUAUGUCUCCCGCGGCUCCUGAUGACGCAGGAUUCUAUACACCUCCAUCUAUUCCGCCGCCACCCCCACCGCCAAUGCCAGGCAUGGAAGCAUCCACGGGCGCACCUCCGCCUCCGCCUCCGCCACCGCCACCCCCUGGCGAUGCUCCGCCCCCUCCAGGCGGAGCCCCGCCUCCGCCACCGGGCCCACCACCUCCCGCCCCACCAGGUCCUGCGCCAGGUCCUCCGGGACGAGAAGCCGGGCGUGGUGCUUUGCUUGCGGAUAUUAAAGCUGGAAAAGGUCUAAGAAAGGUUGUAACAAAGGAUAGGAGCGGCGUAGCUACGGCAGGGAGGGUAUUGUAG